GUCAAAACAAGUGCAAAUGAGAUAAAGGGAUCGAGGAGAGGCAAUGGAGAGCAACAAAAGCAGUAGCAGGCUUAAACAGCGACUCGCUCGCAUGUUUAAGUCCUCUUCUCUUCUCCGCUCCGCCUGCAACAGUUCCACCUCCGCUGCAACCAUCCUGAGCUCCACCGGCUCGAGUCGGACACUUCUGCACGACGUCGCCUGUGAGCCCUUCUUCGUCCCCCGCCGCCACCGACACCGAGGUGUCGAUGAUGAUGGUAUGCUCUUAGCCCAUAAUAGCCUCGGUCGGUCUCCAUCCUACUGGAUCGCCAACGAUCGUCAUCAUGAGGUUCCCGCCUUGCGGCUCGCCAUAGAUUGUGGCGGUUGCCGGCCUACCGGAGACCUUCCUCUUCUCAUGGCCAAGAGUGAGAAGGGGAAACAUGGGAAGAAUAAGAAGAAGGAGAGGAGAGUGAGGGAGACGGGUGGGUUCUACGUGACCGGAGAGGGGGAGGGGAGGAUGUGCCCUCCAGCUUCCCCUUCCUCUCCGUCAAAGAGUUCUUAUUACUACUAUUGCUUCAAUGAAGUGGGGAAAGAAGAGAAAAAGAUGGAGAGAAACAAGAAGAAAAAGAAGAAGAAGAAGUUGCUGUCCAAUAGCUAUGGAUUCAGUAGCUCUUCUUCUGUGAACAGUGAUGAUGGAUUCGAGCUCUUUACUAGUGAAGAAGGAGAGGGUAAGGAGGAAGUGACCGAGACUUUCUUCUCAUCGAGGAGCUUCUCCUCUGAUUCCUCAGAGUUCUACCAGCGUCCCAUGCCCAAUGCUAACAAGAACAAGAGUAAGAAGGCGUCUCGAUGUCCACCAAGAAUAAGAUCCAAGAAUCACGAGAAUCGGAAUGCCAGCGAGGGGUUUCGGCCCUUGGUUUCGAUAGCCUCGAGGGAGAAGAAGAUGAAAGAGUUGGCGGAGGAGAAGAGAGGGUUUGCGGUAGUGAAGCGGUCGAGCGAUCCUCAUGGUGACUUCCGGAGCUCGAUGGUGGAGAUGAUCGUUGGGAGACAAAUCUUCGAGGCAGAGGAUUUGGAGAGGCUCCUCCAUUCUUACCUCUCUUUGAACUCCCCUCACCACCACCCAAUCAUCCUCCAGGCUUUUUCUGAUAAAUGGGUAGUCCUCUUCGGUAACUGAUUGUUCAAAUCUAAUGUAAGAUUGUGGUCUUUCUCUUAUUGUUGGAAUGUUUACUGUUAACUGGGUAUUAGUCGCUGACUGUAAUAUUAGUCUGCUGUUUGUGAGUUC